AGCGUGCGGGAGCGUAUAGGAGUGUGUGGUCGCUCGAGUCACUGUGAGCUUCACUGAACAUUAGGAGCGCAUCAGUGAGAGCGGAGGAGCAGCGAGGGCUUUACGCUCCUCAGAGUACGAGGGAUCAGCAGUGCGAGCACUCGGCUCAGCGCCGAGCAGAGCGUGCAGAGCGCAUCUGACCUGCUUCAGUCCCUGAAGCUCCUCAUCGGUGUGGAUAUUAACGGCGCUUUGAGGAUCUGAUACAAACCAGGGUUUACCUGUGCUCAGGUGAGGAGGCGGGGACACAUCUCAGUGUGUCAGUAGAGGGAUCAUGAGUGUUUAAAGGCUGCUUGUUGGUCAGGUGUUUGUGUUGGGGUGGACUGGUGGGAAGUGUGUAUGUCAGAGGGAAGUGUGGUGGAACAGAGCGGUAGUUUUAGACAGUGUGUAGUGUCCAGACUCCAGACCAGAGUCCAGACUGAGUACAGUAGUGUUUGAAUAGUGUGAUCAGGUCUUAGUGUAAAGGCAGUCUGUAGAGUCAAGGUAGUGUAUAAACUGGUUAUAGCAGUGGGCAGCUGCUAGUGUAGGGUCAGGAUAGUGUGAAUAGCCACUAUAAACUGGUUAUAGCAGUGGGCAGCUGCUUGUGUAGGGUCAGGAUAGUGUGAAUAGCCACUAUAAACUGGUUAUAGCAGUGGGCAGCUGCUAGUGUAGGGUCAGGAUAGUGUGAAUAGCCACUAUAAACUGGUUAUAGCAGUGGGCAGCUGCUAGUGUAGGGUCAGGAUAGUGUGAUUAGCUGUUAGCACUGUCUUAAUAGCGUGAUUAGCUGUUACCAGUAGGCUCAGGAUGCAGGUGUCUAUUGUGUGUACGGAACACAACCUGAAGGGUCGCAGUGGUGAUGAUCGCCCCAACCGCCCCAGCAUAGUGGGGGCGGGGCAUAGCAAGCCACGCCCGCACUGCCCACGGCCAUGCACGCAGGGCCACGCCCACAUGAAUGAAGCUACUGGACGCAACACCAGCAUGAAGUACAGGAAUCUGGGGAAGUGUGGCUUAAGAGUGUCUUGUUUGGGACUGGGUACCUGGGUAACGUUUGGGUCUCAGGUUUCUGACGAGGUGGCAGAGAGUGUGUUGACUGUAGCGUACGAGAACGGUGUGAACCUGUUCGACACAGCGGAGAUCUACGCCUCAGGAAGGGCAGAGACCGUCCUGGGCAGCAUUGUAAAGAAGAAAGGGUGGAGACGCUCCAGCUUUGUAAUCACCACCAAGAUCUACUGGGGUGGACAGGCAGAAACAGAGAGAGGUUUGUCCAGGAAGCAUAUUAUUGAAGGUCUCCGUGGGUCUCUGUCCAGGUUACAGAUGGACUAUGUGGACAUUGUCUUUGCAAACCGCACAGACAUCAACACCCCUAUGGAGGAGGUGGUGAGGGCCAUGACCUUCGUGAUCAAUCAGGGCCUGGCCAUGUACUGGGGAACCUCACGCUGGAGCGCCAUGGAGAUCAUGGAGGCGUACUCCGUAGCGAGGCAGUUUAAUCUGGUUCCUCCGGUGUGUGAGCAGGCGGAGUAUCACUACUUCCAGAGAGAUAAAGUGGAAGUGCAGCUCCCAGAACUCUACCAUAAAAUCGGUGUAGGAGUGAUGACCUGGUCUCCUUUAGCCUGCGGCCUGAUCACAGGGAAAUACUGCGACGGAGUGCCGGACACGUCCCGCGCCGCUCUGAAGGGGUACGAGUGGCUGAAGGAGAAGGUUCAGAGUGAUGAAGGUCGGAGGCAGAUGAUGAAGAUUAAGGAGAUAAACACUGUGGCAGAGCGACUGGGCUGCACCGCCGCUCAGCUCGCUAUAGCAUGGUGCAUGAGGAGUGAGGGAGUGAGCUGUGUUCUGCUCGGCGUUUCAGGCACAGAACAGUUACUCGAGAACCUCGGAGCCAUCAAGGUUCUGUCUCUUUUAACUCCUGACCUCGUUGCGCAGAUGGACUCUGUUCUGGGAAACACGCCACAGUCCAAGAAAGAAACACGCCGCUAAAAGAGAGAGAGAGAGAGAGAGAGAGAGAGAGAGAGAGAGAGAGAGAGAGAGAGAAAGAUAGAGAGGGAGAGGGAGAGAGAGAGAAAGAGAGAGAGAGAGGAAUAGAGAGAGAAAUUUCAUCAGGGAGGAGAGAGACUCAGUCUUCUCCUUUAAACUAACUUCACUGUGAUAAUAUAAGAGCUUACAGUAAUAUAUGUGUAUCUGUUUAUUAUGAUCAUCCAGACAUCAUCACAUUUAUGCAAAUUAUUUAUGUUUA